CGGCCCGCGGAGUCGUGAGGCAGCGCCGGGAGGCUGCAGGAACAACGGCAGCCCUGCCCCACGCUCACCAGCAGAUGAAGCUCUCAGGGCUCUCCAGACCGCUCUUGCCCUGACACACUUACAGCCUGACAAUGUCCCACUGCUACUUCCAGGAGGACAGCAUGCAGAACCUGCGGCACAUCAACAGGCAGAUGAGGCUGCUGGACCUGCGGCUGCAGCUGCUCCGGGAGAGGCUGUGCUCGGCCCGCCUGAACCGGUGCCUCUUUUCCUGCUGCUGCCUGCCCCAGCCCUGCUUCCGGAGAAGGUGCAUCGCUGCGAGAAACGAGAGAACGAAAAGACUUGGCAUGAUGUUGAACUCAUGCACUGGUCAGAAUCUGGCUUUGAUCGAUGUGAAGGGUUUUGACCCCAGAGACAUCACGGUGACGGUCAAGGACGGGAAGGUGACGGUGUCAGCGGAGCGCAAGGUGGAGUGCAACACCGGCUGUUCAAAGACGAGUAACUACAAAAAGUUCGUGAAGGAAUUCUGCCUGCCGCCAGGGGUGUGUGACAAGGAGGUGACCUACUCCGUGGAAUCCAAGUGCCUCCCGCCAUCCAAGUGCUGCUCUUAUCUCUGCCCUUACUGAGCUGCAGCAGGAAGCCAAACCAGCCACAGCCAUUCCUCUGACUCAAGCCUUCUCUCCAUCGUAUUUACAGCUGUGUCAGAGCUUCUCUUACCUCUUCCAUUAAAGAAAACAGCAUUCUGA